AUGGCGGUUAUUGGACAUUGGUUCACUUCUUUCUUGAUGCUUGUUGUAAAUCAAUCCCCAGCUUCACCUCCUUCAGCAUCUUCAUUCCCUUCUCAUGAAUUCUCCUUCACAGUCGUAUCUCUCCAUUCUUCCUCCAACACUAUCCCGGGUAAAACCAAAACCCCGCCUUCAAUGGCUAUCGAUUUGUCACCAGCAGAUGACAUUUUCUUUCAUGGUCAUUUGCUCCCUCUCCACCUCCUUUCUCACCUCCAGGUGUCUCCACGUUGCUCUACGAAUUCAUUGGAUGGAUGCAACGUUCCUGUUAGAGAUUUAUUUGAUGAAUCCAAACCUGAUAAACUCAGCAGCACCAAUUAUAAAAGCAAAAGCGACAGCAAUAUCAGAAGCAGAAACAAGAACCAUGGGAAUGCCAAAGUUGGUAACUUUCAUCAAAGCCACGACGUUGAAGCCAAAGGAAGGCCCAAGUCCAAGUCUUUCUCCUUACCCCGUAUAACAAGGUGGCACCACCACAAAGGGCGUGGCGUCAGGGAAACAGAAGAAAAAGAGAAGCACAAGACAAAGAUGAGAUUCGACUUGAGACAUGUUUUGAAGAGGUACGUGAGGCUGGUUCGGCCGUUGUUGCUCUUCAGAGGAAGGAGAUUGAACCGCCAUCCCCAUAGGCAAUCUCACUCAUUUUCAGGCCAUUUCAGUUCGAGAAGCAAAGACAAAGAGUUGAGAGCAAGGAGAGAUUGCUGUUCAGCGCCGGCUUCGAUGAGGAUAUCGCCUACGAACAGUGGUCUUCUUGUUGCAACCACGGGCUACUCUUCUUCAACCAGUUACAGCACCAUGGAAGAGUUGCAGGCUGCAAUUCAAGCUGCGAUUGCCCAUUGCAAGAAUUCCAUUAAAGGGGAAGACAAAUUUAACUGCUAGGCCCAGUUUCGAUUUUGUUCUUUUCAUAUUUAUUAACUUCAAUAGGUUAUUUUACCUUCUUUUCCUUUUUACUGCAUAUAUAUAAUUAUAUUUUCCUGUGUAUAAAAUGGUACAUUUUAUAAAGGAGUAUGCAAUUAGUUUGAAG